AUGAGGAAUGUGAAUCGAGUCUUCUUCUGCAAAUCACUCUCUCUCGUCUUCCUCGUUCCUUCUUUCACUCGUUCCCACCUCCGAUUCGCCUAUUCCUCCGCCGUAGCUUCGUCUCCGGCUCGAUCAAUUCACUGCAUGGCCACCGAUUCCCCUAUCCCUCAAUCUACGGCAUCGUUUUCGUCUGUCUCCGCCGGAGAUGGUUCCGUCUCCGUUCCUCCUGGUGAUGUCGCGGCGGUUCCAGCUUCUUCGGCUUCGUCCGCAAUCGAUUUUCUCUCACUCUGUACUCGUCUCAAGACCACUCCAAGAGCCGGAUGGAUUAAAAGAGAGGUUCAAAAUCCAGAAUCUAUAGCUGAUCACAUGUAUCGUAUGGGUCUUAUGGCUCUGAUUUCUUCAGAUAUUCCUGGUGUUAACAGAGACAAAUGCAUGAAAAUGGCAAUUGUUCACGACAUUGCAGAAGCUAUUGUAGGAGACAUUACACCUUCUUGUGGGGUCUCUAAAGAAGAGAAAAAUAGAAGAGAAACCGAAGCACUUGAACACAUGUGCAAACUCUUAGGUGGAGGAGAAAGAGCUAAAGAAAUCGCAGACCUUUGGAGAGAAUACGAAGCAAACUCUUCACCCGAAGCCAAAGUUGUUAAAGAUUUCGAUAAGCUUGAGAUGAUACUACAAGCUUUGGAAUAUGAACAGGAGCAAGGGAAAGAUCUAGAUGAGUUUUUCCAAUCAACCGCAGGGAAGUUCCAGACUGAUAUAGGCAAGGCUUGGGCCUCGGAGAUUGCUUCAAGAAGAAGAAAACAACAUUAG